ACAUAGUAGACAAUGUCUAUGGACAAAAACACAUUAGACUUUUCUCAUUCCUUUCCCUCUACGUUUCCCCUUAUCUUUGGGACCGUCCAGUUUCAAUUUUUUUAUUUCAAUUCUCGCUUGUCUGCUUCUCCACUUGAUUCUCUCUAAGCUUUGAACAUGGGAACAAAAUUCAGUGCUCUGUGGUUCGCUCUUCUCCUUUUAUUCCCUUCAGUUCUUUCUGCAAACAGGGAUGGAUUGAUUAGAAUUGGAUUAAAAAAGAAAAAGUUAGAUCAAGUCAAUCGUCCUGUGAGAACAUUUGGCUCUACAGAAGGAGAAGCUAUGAGAGUUGCUAUCAAAAAGAAUAAUUUUUAUGGUAAUAUUGGAAACUCUGGAGAUGCUGAUAUUGUUGAACUGAAAAACUACUUGGAUGCUCAAUACUAUGGUGAAAUUGGUAUUGGGACACCUUCUCAGACUUUCACUGUGAUAUUCGACACCGGAAGUUCUAAUCUUUGGGUACCCUCAUCAAAAUGUUAUUUCUCGCUUGCUUGCUAUUUUCACUCCAAGUAUAAGUCUAGUGAAUCAAGAACCUAUGAGAAGAAUGGUACUUCUGCUGCAAUCCAGUAUGGAACUGGUUCAAUUGCUGGUUUCUUCAGCCAGGACAAUGUGAAAGUGGGUGAUAUUGUUGUUAGGAAUCAGGAUUUCAUUGAGGCAACAAAAGAACCAGGUGUCACAUUUUUAGCUGCCAAGUUUGAUGGUAUUCUUGGACUUGGUUUGCAAGAGAUCUCAGUUGGGAAAGCUGUUCCAGUUUGGUAUAAUAUGGUCAAUGAAGGUCUUGUUACAGAACAAGUUUUUUCAUUUUGGCUAAACCGCAAUGUUAAAGGAGAAGAAGGAGGAGAAAUUGUGUUUGGUGGUGUUGAUGCUAAUCACUACAAGGGCGAGCACACAUAUGUUCCUGUGACUCAAAAAGGGUACUGGCAGUUCGAAAUGGGUGACAUACUAGUGGGCAAUGAUACAACAGGACUUUGUGGUACUGGCUGUAAUGCAAUUGCUGAUUCUGGAACCUCUUUACUGGCGGGCCCAACGACUGUGAUUACUCAAAUUAAUCAUGCCAUUGGAGCCUCUGGUAUUGUAAGCCAAGAAUGCAAGACAGUAGUUGCACAAUAUGGCAAAGUCAUACUGGAAAUGCUAAUAGCUCAGCAGGCAAAACCACAGAAGAUCUGCUCUCAAAUGGGCUUUUGUACUUUUGAUGGGACUCGAGGUGUUAGUACAAAUAUUGAGAGCGUGGUGGAUGAAACUACAGAGAGAGUAUCUAAUGGUGUACAAGAUGCUAUGUGUACUGCUUGUGAGAUGAUGGUUGUAUGGAUGCAAAAUCGCAUAAAGCUAAAUCAGACAGAAGAUCAGAUCUUGAACUACGUGAAUGAACUAUGCGACCGAUUGCCCAGUCCAAACGGAGAAUCAGCAGUUGACUGUAGCAGUCUAUCUUCCAUGCCUCAUGUCUCAUUCACAAUUGGUGGUAAAGAAUUUGGCCUUACACCAGAGCAGUACGUUCUUAAGGUAGGAGAGGGAGUUUCAGCUCAGUGCAUUAGUGGAUUUACAGCUUUAGACGUGCCCCCUCCUCGUGGACCUCUAUGGAUUUUGGGAGAUGUAUUCAUGGGCCCUUAUCACACAGUAUUUGACUACGGCAACCUAAGAGUUGGAUUUGCUGAAGCUGCCUAAAUCAAACCCACCUCUCUCUCUCUAUAUAUAUAUAUGCUUUGCCCUUGCCUUGUGUAAUAUUUAUGUAAAUUGGGGGUUUUAGCAUAUCUUGACCAUGUGGUGGAGCUUGUCUUGUAUCACUUAACUGAAGUUUAAUUUCUGAAUCUUAACUAUUGAAAAGCCCUCAAUAAGGUCAAGAUGUUAUAAUUGAUAUAAUGUUUGGAACAAUUAGUAUUUAGUUCCUAUGAUAUGAUAAAAUUGAUUAGUUAGUCCUUA